AUGGGUAUUUGUUAAACGUAAGUUAAGAAAAAUCAAGCAGAUCCAAAAUUUAUGAUCAAUAAUAAAGUUGAUAAAAUAAAGAAUGAAUUCAGUGCUACUUAAGAUACAAGAUAUAAAGCUCCUGGAAGUUUGUAAACAAAUAGUUUAAAAUAAAUCAAUUCACCUAAAUCAACAGGAUAUCUAGUGCCAAGAUGUCAAUAAACUAAAGCAGGACUGAUGAAAUUAGCAGGAUAAAUCUCAAAUUCUCCAUAGCCUGGACAAGUUCUUAUUCUUGAAAUGAGUGCUUCUAAAAAAUAUUCAUUAAUGAAGAAACUAAAAGGAUAAGAUGUAAAAUAUAGAUUGAUAAUUAAAGGCUAAACAAAUAUUGUCUAAUAAUAAGACUGGAAUAAUUGUAGAAAUGGAAUCUUUUUUAAAAGAAUAAGAAGAAUCAUUAUAAUAUGUGAAAUGGUUAUAAAAAGCUUAAUUAGUAUAAUCUUUUCAUUUAUAACAUAGGAUCAUCCUAAUCUCAAUCGUAUCCUUGAAAUAUAUCAAGAUUAAAAUGCUUAUUAAGUUAUUUAUGAAUUUUUCGAUGGAAAAUCAUUGUCAGAUCUUGUAUCAGAAGAUAAACGAAUUUCUACUACAUAAAUAACCCAGAUUAUGGAAUAGAUAAUCUCUAUUAUUUCAUAUUUACAUUCUUUAAAUCUCACUCAUGGAAAUCUGACUCUUGACUCAUUUUAAUUUAAAAGAAACAAAAAUGAAAUUCUUAUAAAAUUAAUUGAUCUAAAAAAAGUAAAAAUAAAAGACUUUGAAUCUAUAGAAGUCUUAAAAUUUAUGUCGCCUGAAUGCUUAAAUCAUCCAAAUAAUUAUACUACAGCUAGAGAUGUUUGGGCUUUGGGAAUGAUUUGCUAUGCUCUUACAUAUGGAAAUUUACCAUAUACUUUCCAAUAAAAUUGUGAUUAUUCUUAAACUUUAUCAAUUAUUAGAAUGACUACAAUCCAAUUUAACGAACCAGAUUCAUAGAUAACUUAGUUUAUUAAGAAAAUGUUAGUUCAUCAUUCAAAAACAAGAAUUACUUUAAGUCAACUAUAAUAAGAGCAAUUCUUAAAGGAGAAUAAAGUCAAAUUGCAAUCACCAUAAGAAGUCUUAUUGAAUAAUACUAAAUUAGCUAAACCAUGUUGUAUUCUUUAAGAAAUGAUACUUUGUUAUUUUGUAUAGGAAUUUAACUGGGAAGAAUAUAUUUAAAUUUAAAAGUUAUUUUCUGAAGGAGAUUAAGAUAUGGAUGGAUAUUUAAGGAAAGAAGAAUUAUCAAAUUUGUACAAGUAAUAUCUUAAUGAACCUAAUCCAUAAGUUUUGGCUGAUCAAAUAUUUUUACAAUAUGAUAUUAAUCAAGAAAAUGGAAUAAAUAAUUAAUAAUUUUUAUCAUUGGCUUCUAGUAGAGAUAUAAUAUUAACUUAAAGGAAUAUUGAAAUAGGUUUCUAGAUUUUAUCAGCAAAUAAAAAAGAAAUUACUCUUAAAGGCUUAAAAAGACAUUUUAAUUCUGAUUCUGAUGAAUUAAUUGAUGAAUUUAUUCGUAUUACGAAUGAAGAAAAGAUAGUAUUUAUUUAAUCUUAUUUUUAGUUAACUCUUAAACAAUUUUAAAAGCUACUUCAAUUGCUUAUUUGA